UCCGUUUCUUCAUAUGUGGCUGCAACUUGCAAUCAUGUCUCCAGAUUGGUAACUAUGCAGCACGCAAUUAUGCAAUUUUGCUAGUGAUUGUUCCUGCUCUACAAGCACCUGAUGUGGCAUCUUCUCGAGCUUUAAGGAUUGCAAGGGAAUUGGAUUCAGAAGGUACUAGAACCAUUGGUGUCUUAAGCAAAAUUGAUCAGGCUGCUGGAGAACCGAAAGCCCUGGGUGCUGUUCAGGCCUUGCUUGUAAAUCAAGGUCCUAGAACUGCAGCAAACAUUCAGUGGGUAGCUACAAUUGGACAUUCUGUUCCUACUGCCUCUGUUCAUUCUGAAUUAGGUUCUGAAACCUCACCAGAAGCUUCUUGGCAAGCAGAAGUUAAAAGCCUUAUAUCUAUACUUGGCGGAGCUCCCCAAAGUAAGCUUGGUCGAGUAGCUUUAGUUGAUUCACUUGCUAAGCAGAUUAAGACACGGAUAAACGUUAGGCUGCCAAAUCUCUUGAAUGGUCUUCAAGGGAAGUCUCAAAUUGUCCAAGAGGAAUUAGCAAAACUUGGAGAACAGAUGGCCCAAGGUUCUGAAGGAACCAAGGCAAUUGCUUUAGGACUUUGCCGAGAAUUUGAGGAUAAGUUUCUUGAACAUAUUGCUGGGGGUGAGGGUGCGGGUUGGAAAGUUGUUGCAAGUUUUGAGGGAAAAUUUCCAACUAGGAUCAAACAACUACCCCUGGACAAGCAUUUUGAUAUGAAAAAUGUCAAAAGGAUUGUUCUGGAGGCUGAUGGUUAUCAGCCAUACCUGAUAUCACCUGAAAAAGGUUUAAGGUCUCUCAUAAAAGGGCUUCUGGAGUUAGCAAAGGAACCAUCAAUACUUCUUGUGGAUGAGGUUCACCGUGUAUUGCUAGACAUAGUAUCGUCUGCAGCAAAUGCAACUCCAGGACUUGGUAGAUAUCCUCCUUUUAAACGGGAGGUAAUUGCAAUUGCAUCUGCUGCAUUAGAUGGUUUCAAGAAUGAGGCACGAAAGAUGGUCGUUGCACUAGUUGAUAUGGAGCGGGCAUUCGUACCUCCCCAGCAUUUUAUCCGCUUAGUGCAGAAGAGAAUGGAAAGGCAACGUCAAGAGGAUGAGCUAAAGAGUCGCUCUACAAGGAAGGGUCAAGAUUCAGACAAAAAGAGAGAUACAAGCCCACAGAAAAUUUCAAAUCAAAGCGAGAUGAAACAAUCAUCAAAUAUACAAGUUCUAGGUCCUGCAGGAGAAAUUAUUGCUGGAUUGUAAUCUUGAGGAGAUUUUAGAUGAUGAAGAUCCUCCAAGAAGUUCUAAAGAUGCUAAAAAGGCAAAUAUGCUAGAUACUGGAAAGGAUUCUAGUCUUAUGUUCAAGAUUACUCACAAGAUUGCUUAUAAAAAUAUUUUGAAAGCUCACAAUGCUGUUAU